GAAAAAGAAAGAGAGGGAGAGAAAGAGUGAGAGAGAGGGAGAGAAUGAUGCGCGCCGAUCGCGAUCCACGCUUGGGUUUUCCUUAAAGAAAGAAAAAUAAGUGAGUGGGGGCGGAAGUAGUCGGUCGAGAUAUAUACUACUAUAUUCUCUUAUGCACUUUGAUGUACUUCGUGACAGGACAGGUGAAAAAGCUGAAGGAAACUGUGUUAUCGUAUAUUAUCGACUCUUAAACAGUGCACAACAUUCCAUAUAAUUCGUGUUAACGAAUAUAACGGUGAAAGUUUGUUCGCUGUGGUUAGAAGAUGUGCGGAUGAUGUUUUUUUUCCUAUUUCAUCUUCUCUUUUCUCUCUGUCUCUUUUAUUUUUAAAUGUCUAUUAAAAAAAUACGUCAUCGAAGAUAUGUACCAGCUAGCAGCACGAGUGAGUGGAACGUGUUAAGUAAAUCGGUUAUUUGAUUUACGUUUAAACAUUGUUCUACACGAUAAAAAAAAGAAAAUACGACUUCUUUUUUCUUCUUUUGACGACGAAACGAUAAUGUACGAAUUUUCUGGUUAUUAAUUCGUUAAUAAUUCGAUCAUUUAGCCAAUGUCGUUUGAUGUUUACAACGCACGAAGAGAAGAGCUAUGACAAAUGUGAAGUUGUAUCGAAAUAAUACAGCAUUGUUUAAAAGUGAUCAUGGCAAGGAAUCAUCAUUAUUGUCAUCAUCGUUUAACUCGUCUCUGUCGAAUUAUUAUUUGAUCCAGCAACAACAACUGAAACAAAGUACAUUGCAUUUUUCAAUGUUUUUAUGUCGCAAACUGUCCUAAAAAAGCCAGUGCACAGCCCUUGUCUGUAAGUGGAUGUGAAAAUCGAGAUUGUAAAUCAGGGGAUGCCUAGCCUACACUCGCUCGUCGUACGACGAGCCCCCUUAAUGGAUAUGGGCACGACAACUAGUUCAGUAACUUCUGUUAAUCCACCGCCCAAACCUAACAACAAUCAAAAGAAAAUAGACAAGACUAAUAAACUUACUGGUAUAAGAUUACCAUUGUUACGUAAAGAAUCAAGUGUAGUCAAUCUUUCUUUGACUGAAAGAACAUUACCAGGCAAAGGCAUAGACUCUCCGCUUUUGAGACCGGAAAGCAGUGCCAGUUUGGAAGCUCGAGGUGGAAGUUGGAUUAAUUUAGCUCCUGGUGCACUUAGAAAAUGUGAAACUGCUGUCGGAUUGAGUACAUCUGCUUUAGAAGGUAGAGCCAUCAAUCGCAGUAGAGUUUGCUCUCGCUGUUCUAGUUUAUUGUCAUUAGCAUCUAGCUCGAGAUACAGUUUAGCUGCUGGCAAUUUUGUACCGACCAGUUCACAACAGACCGUUGGGAGAAUAUUUUGUAAGCUUUGUCUUACCGACACAUCCUUUUCCAAAACGUUUAAAAUCGAAGGCUGUGGUUGUUUUUACUGUAAAGAUUGUAUGAAAGCAUAUGUCGAGUUUGAAAUCGAAGAAGGUGCGUAUGAAAUUAGUUGCCCGGAUGCACAAUGUGAACAAGGUGCUAUCCUGUCGCUAAAAGAAAUUAGAAGUCUUGUUACUCCUGAGUUAUUGGAUAAACAUAGCAAGUUUCGUUUGAAUAGAGAUGUUUCGAUGGAUACAAAACGGGCCUGGUGUCCACGUGCAGGAUGCGAAACAAUAUGUUCAAUCAAUUCCAAUGGAAGUAGUGGUACGCCUCCUGGACCUAUCCACUGUCCUAAUUGUUCUACAGAUUUCUGCUCCAUGUGUAGAGAAGCAUGGCACAGUGGACCAUGUUCCGAUCUUCCAUUAGGUAUACCAUUUGACAAUGAUCAUAUUAAAUGCUGUCCUAUGUGUUCUGUACCUAUUGAAAAGGACGAAGGAUGUGCUCAAAUGAUGUGCAAAAGAUGCAAGCACGUUUUUUGCUGGUACUGUUUAGCUUCCUUGGAUGAUGACUUUUUAUUGAGGCACUACGACAAAGGCCCAUGUAAAAAUAAAUUAGGUCACUCACGAGCGUCUGUAAUAUGGCAUAGAACACAAGUAAUUGGUAUAUUUGCCGGUUUUGGUUUGCUCCUACUUGUCGCCUCUCCUUUGCUACUUUUGGCUGCUCCAUGCAUAGUAUGCUGUAAAUGUCGUGUCUGUGGUUCCUCAAGGCUCGAACAGGAAGACGGUGAUACAGCAACAUAGAAACU